AUGACCUCUGGUCUGGGCUCCGCACGGCUCCUCGAGCUCGUGCCCUCGCCGCUGCUGGCAUCGCCCAAUUCCUCCUUCGCCUGCAUCUCUGCCUUAGGGGCUUUGCCCCGCCAGAGUGUGGUUGUUGUCUUCGUUGGGUCUUUGCGCAAAGCCAGGAACCUGAUUGCUCUUCCUCGAUCAGCGGCUCUCCCCUUUGUCUAUAGCGGCCAUCUGGCGUUAACACAAGGCAUCCGCUUGCACUUGGCUUUACAUCCAAGGAAAGAUAUUGUUGUCACUGGAAGCGAUGAUCGCUUAUGGAAAAUGUGGGCCUUUCCGAAUGGGAACAUUAUCAUGAAAGGUGAAGGCCAUACUGAUUGGCUUUCUGGAUGCUGCUUCCAUCCAAGUGGAACCAAACUGGUUACUUCAAGUGGAGACACAACAGUUCGCAUAUGGGACUUCACAAAGGGCGGCUGCAUUCUGACAUUAGAAGGUCAUAGCUAUGCAGUGUGGGACUGUUCCUGGCAUUCAUGUGGCAAUUUUGUGGCAUCUGCAUCUAUGGAUAAAACAAGCAAAGUUUGGGACCUGAACAGCGAACGAUGCAGGUAUACCUUGCGUGGCCAUAAGGAUUCAGUAAACAGCAUUGAGUUCCUUCCUUUCUCCAAUAUUAUUCUCACCAGCUCUGCAGACAAGACUUUAUCUCUGUGGGAUGCCAGAACGGGGCUUUGUGCUCAAACAUUCUGUGGUCACUUGCAUUCCUGUAAUCAUGCCACAUUCAACAUGAAGGGAGAUACAAUUGUUUCCUGUGAUUCUUAUGGUGUAUUGAAACUUUGGGAUGUUCGGAGGGGAGUUCCAAUGGUCUCAAUUGAUGCUGGUCCACACCCUGGCAAUCAGGUGGCUUUUGAUCCUUCUGGUCGUAUUGUAGCUGUUGCAAGCAAUGAUGGCACCGUUAAGACUUUGGAACUCAAAUCGGGGCAUCUUUCCAGCUUACUGGGCCAUGAAGAUGAAGUUCAGAGUGUAAUAUUUGAUCACAAGGCAGAACAUCUAAUUUCAGGGGGCUCUGAUGGUACUGUUCGUAUUUGGAAUUGAGACCACUAUUUUGAGAAAUCUCAUAGAACUGGAGGUGGCUUAUGCCAUCUGAAAUAAACAUGAAAUAAAGCGAGAUAUGAACUCUACAUAUUUUACUUAAAAUGGGGGGGAAAUCCAAACUUUCUUUUUCUUGUAUCUUUCUUUAUGGUUUUAAAUAUGCAUUAAAAUAUAUAUCAUUUGCCAUUUCCCUGGAGAAAUAGCUUUAUAUUGACAUCUAAUGACAGAAAACAUGAACUGCAGAGAAC